AUGGUAGUGUUGGCAUCUUCUAUCUGUACCCGUGGGGGUAAAGCACUUUUAUCCAGACAAUUCAAAGACUUAAGCAAAGACCGUAUAACCGCGUUAUUGGCCAACUUCCCUAGCUUAAUCUCCAACUCUGGGCAACAAAAUACCACUGUAGAAGACGAACAGGUUAGAUACGUUUAUCAGCCAUUGGAAGAAUUCUACAUUGUGUUGAUUACAACCAAGAAUUCCAACAUCUUGCAGGAUAUCGACACCUUACACUUGUUUGCCUCGACUGUCAGUAACUUGUUGAGAUCCAUUGAUGAGAGAGAAAUCUUUGAUAAUGCCUUUGAAAUCUUGCUGGCGUUCGACGAAAUCAUCAACUUGGGAUUCAAGGAGAAUUUGACCAUGAGCCAAGUGCAAACUUUCUUGGAAAUGGACAGUCACGAAGAAAAGAUCCAGGAAAUCAUCGAGAGAAACAAAGAGAUGGAGGCCACCGAGGAAAGAAAGAGAAGAGCUAAGGAAAUCCAUAGAAAGGAAUUGGCCAGAAAGACUCAGGAAAGAGUGGGUAACACUUACGAUGGAUACGGAAAUGGUGGUGGAUACCAACAGCAACAGAACCAGUUCGAUUCGGGCGCUGGCUCAAUUGGUGGUGCACCAAGCUACCAGUCCAACUCCAGUUUCGUUGAGACCUCGUCACAAGCAGCACCAUCUACUCACAGAGGUCCGGUAAGAGGUGGAGGUUUACAAUUGGGUAAGAAGGGACCAAGCAGAUCGAAUAUUCCAGAAAUCAACCAACCGCUUUUAACCCAAGCUCAACCACAGUUCCAACACCAUGCUCCAGCUCCACAACAACAACAAUAUCUGUCAUACAAUAACUCUAACACAUCUUCACCAGCUCCAGCUGCGGCCUCGCCUGCAAUCGCUGCAGCUCCAAAGGUUCACAAUAACGGUAUUCUUGUCACUGUCAGCGAAAAGGUGACUGCCGAAAUAUCAAGAGACGGUUCUAUCUCUAAGACUGAAGUUAAAGGUGAUUUGAAAUUGCGUAUAAAUAACCCAGACUACGGCAGAUCCAAGAUUCUCUUGAAAAAGAUCUCUAACAAGGGUGUUCAAUUCAAGGCACGUCCAGAAGUUGAUAUGAAACUUUUCAAUUCUUCUAGUAUUAUCGCUCUCAAAGACUCAAGCAAGUCAUUCCCAUCUAACGACCAAUCCUUGGGAGUAUUGAGAUGGAGAGUCGCUGGAAAAGAUGAUGAUGCAAGCUACUUACCUAUAGUCAUAACUGCGUGGGUGAACGUUAACGAUGGAAUAGCUGACAUCACAUUAGAAUAUGAAUUAACUUCCACAUACAUUGAAUCUCACCCAACACAAGAGACUUUGGAUAAUGUUAAGAUUUUAAUCCCAAUUCAAUCACACGAAGUUAACCUUCAAAACGAACCAGAAAAUAUUUCUUACGAUGUAACUGAAUAUGGAGUGGUUUUCAAUAUCGAAUCCAUUGCACUCCAUGGCGAUGAAACUUCUGGUUCAUUUGAAUUCCAAAUUCCUGCCGCAGAUGAAGAUUCCCUCUUCCCUAUGGAAUUGCAAUUUGACAUUAAUAGAACUGAAUUAGAUGAUACUGAUAAAUCUUUUGGUGGUGUGCAACUUUUAGAUAUUGUUAAGAAUGAUGAAGAUGAAGAAUCUUUACCAUUCGACUUACAUUCCACACUUUCUAGUGAUAAUUACCAAAUCGUUUAA